UUCAUAGUUACAAGUGAGCGCUUUAAGCAGCCUGAGUUUAGUAUGUAGUAUCUAAUCCAACUUUUAACUCUCCGGUGAUAUGACAGAUUAAAUCAAGAUGUCGGUGGAAAGCUCAAAGUCAUUUAAGUUCACCUUCCAGUCGUCUGUGCACAGUUCACAUGUUCUGCAGUGUCUAAAUGAGCAGAGGAAGAAAGAUCUUCUGUGUGAUGUGACUAUUGUGGCGGAGAGCCAGAGUUUCCGGGCUCACCGGGCAGUUCUGGCGUCCUGCAGUGACUACUUCAGUGUUCGUGUGUCCACUCAUACACCCGAAGGCAUUGUCAUCAACCUUCCUGAUGAGAUUACCUCAGAGGGAUUUGAACCCUUGCUGGAUUUCGCCUACACCUCAAAACUCCUCUUCACCAAAGAGAACGUGCUGGAAAUCCGCAACUGUGCCUCCGUUCUCGGCUUUAAAAACUUGGACAAAGCCUGCUUUGAUUUCCUGCUCCCCAAGUUCUUUGACAGCAACAGAGGUACAUCAAAAGUCCAGAGGAAAUGCUGCAAAACCAAAUGUUGCAAAACACGAGGAGCUGAGCUCAACUCCAAUAACGCCUCUGAUGAAGACAAAUCACCAAUUCAGCCCUCACAGCUUCAGCCUAAACGCAAAGAGCCAUACUGUCCUCCUUCAGUGGCCAUUGAGGAUGUGGGAAAAAGCUUUAACAGUGUGAGAGACACAGAUUACUCCCUCCUGUGCCCCAAAUACCGCAAGUUUCAGAUCGCUUGUGGGAAGGAGCGAUCCUGUCUGGAUGUCUGCGGCUCCACACCUAUGUCUCUUGACAAAACCGACAACUGUUCCUUAAACUGCUUUCCCUGCACGAGCAACAAAACACCAAUCACUGAGGAUGAUGAUUCUCUGCUGCCUGAGUGUUCUCCACUAAACCCUGACCCUUGUACAGACCAGCCCUCAUUUCCAGCCUGUAAUGAAUCAGCACAAUCUAUCUGUGACUCAGGAGACUCGGAUAAACCGGGAAUGUCGCCUCAAUCAGGAUUGGACCACACUGAGAAAGCAGACAUGGAGUUCAGAGAAGACCAAAGCAAUGGGGAGAGGAGUACAGAGGAAAUAGAGGUGGCCAGACAGCUCACGUUCUGGCCGGAUUCUGGUCCGCUUUCUCCUUCUGGCCUGGGUUUGGUGGACAAACCCUCUGGUCUCAACUGUCUGAAAAGCUGUUACCUGGAUCCCCGAGCAGUGGAGUGUCCGUUUAUGCUGAACUUUGGUGCGGUGGGUGCUCAACUUCAUGAUGGAGAAGGGGGAUCUGUGUCACAGGGCAGUCCGUAUGUACAGUCUAACCAGUCAGGAGAGGACUCUGAUAGUUUCGACACGGAGGGAGACAGCGAGUCUUACAGCAGUGAACGAGUGCGUGAGAUGGCGCUGCCGCUCUCUGUGGAUCAGAUCGUGUGUCUGAGCAGAAAUGACUUCCAGCAGAUGCUGAAGCAGCAGAGUUUGAGCCGCGAGCAGCUCGAUGCUGUUCAUGACAUCCGCAGACGCAGCAAAAACCGCAUCGCUGCUCGCCGCUGCCGCAAGCGCAAACUCGACUGCAUACACAACCUGGAGUGUGAAAUCGAGAAACUGCGAUGCGAGCGAGAGAAGCUGACCACUGAAAGGAUCAAGUUGAAUCAGUUGAAGCUGAAGGCCUGGCAGAGUUACUCGGGCCUGUACGAGCAGGUGUGUGCCGAAGCGGCCCUCAGACCAGAGCAGCUGCAGGUGCUGGCCAAAUAUUCCUCUCCAGACUGUCCGCUGUCUGCCCUCCUGUACCCUGACACCACACAGUCCUCCGGCUCCGGAGACCAAACACCCGUCAGAUCCUCAAUGGAAAACACUGCACAGUCCAAUUCACACAAGCUGUUACCUCAGUCUCAUCCUAGUCCCGCCGACGCCUCUGCUUUUGACAAGAGUGAGUGCAGUUCAAUGGUCAAACAGGCCACAGAGCUUCUCAUCAGCAGACCUGAAACAGACAAAUAGCAAAUGAUGCAUGUCGGACCACAGAAAAUCACUUUAUACUUUUCCAAGGUGCAUUUACAGUGCCUUCCACUGAUAUUGGCAUGCCUGGCAAUUAUGAGCAAAGAAUGCUGUGAUAAAUCAAAAUAUUUUGUACUUAUGUACUUACAAAACUUAAAUUUUUUUGCUCAAAAUAUUAACAUAAGGGGGCAUCACGGUAGCUCAGUGGUUAGCACUGUCACCUCACAGCAAGAAGGUCAAUGGUUCGAGUCCCGGCUGGGUCAGUUGGCAUUUCUGUGUGGAGUUUGAAUGUUCUCCUCGUAUUUGUGAGGGUUUCCUCCAGGUGCUCCGGUUUCCUCCACAGUUCAAAGACAUGCACUAUAGGUGAAUUGAAUAAACUAAAUUGGCCGUAGUGUAUGUGUGUGAAUGUGAGAGUGUAUGGGUGUUUCCCAGUACUGGGUUGUGGCUGGAAGGGUAUCUGCUGUGUAAAAUAAAUCCUGGAUAAGUUGGUGGUUCAUUCCGCUGUGGCGACCCCUGAUGAAUGGGACUAAGCCGAAGGAAAAUGAAUGAAUGAAUAUUAACAUAAAAACUAAAGGAAUCUUUGUUUUUGGAUGAAGGUGUUUAAAUGUGAGACUUUAAUCACAAUGCCGGUCUCAUUUUUCUGCUAAUUAUAUUUGGGCAACCAAAACAAAGAACCACACCACCAUUCAUUCAUUCAUUCAUUCAUUCAUUCAUUCAUUUAUUUUCCUUCAACUUAGUCCCUGGUUUAUCAGGGGUUAACUACACCACCAAGAAAAGAAAAGAAAAAGCGCUGUGGGAGUUUUACAAGUAAAUUUCCAUAGACAUAAUAAUAAAAUUGAGACCUGAUUAAAAUAAAAAAAGACCUAGAACACAAUACUUCAAUGAAUUUGAGACUUUUUAAGAUUCUGAAAAAAAUUCAGAUUUAAUUUUUUUUAACUUUUUUUUUAUUUUUUAAGUCCCCAAGAAAUCAAAACGAACCAUAUGAUUUUGUUAGCUCACAUUGCCAGUUUUGUGGUGAACAAUUCAUCUGUGCAUGUCAUUAAGAGCAAAAAAAUGGUUUGCCCUUUUAAUCUUUAAUUGAAAUCUGUAAAAGCGCUUUUUCUGUUAAUUUGUCAGAUUACGUAUAUUUUAUCAAAAGGGCAUUUUCUAACAUAUUUAACCCACGCCCCUCCAACUGUCAGUUUUGACAACAAACAGAAAUGGUGAGCAUGAGGAGUCUGUUAGGUCUAAUAACUCACCGAAACCCUUUUCCCGAUCUUUCUGAAUGAAAUGCCUACUUUACUACAUCCAAUCAGCUUGCAGUAGGAAAAACAAGCCACGCCCACUGUUGUGUAAUUUAAUAUCCCUUUCUCUAGGACCUGCAUCACAACACGGAAAAAAAUAAUGUCACAGCUUUCAUGGGGACUUUAAGACCCAGAGAGUAGAGGCUUUUUUUUUUAUCGAAACCAUUCCAAACAAUUUGUGGUUAUAUCAUAUUAACAUUUUGGAGAUUUCUGUAAAUCUCCAGCUGUGAAUUCUUGGUCGAUUUUUUUGGGGGGCAAAUAAUCGAGAACAUUUUCAUGCAAAUUUUGCCACUAAACCCAUUUGUAGUCAAUCUCCAGCACAUUCUUUCAGAUGGAGCAGCAUUUACUACACAGAGAAAUAGUUCACUAACAAGCUACGCAAAACUUUGUUCCAAAUCUAAAUCCAUUUAAUCAGACAAUUGAGGUAGUAUUUCUCAAUGAACUACAGCUCUGUGUAGUAAAUGCUGCAGGUGAAAUGACCACAUAUAACAUGUUUUUACUCCAAACUUACUAACUUCAGUCGAGUGUUUGAAAUAAUCCUUCUGUGAGAUGAUUUAGUGAUUAUUACUCACUCUGAGCCAAUGAAAGCAACAGAAUCUUCUGUUUAUAAAACAACUAUGGGGAUUUCCUGGGUUUCUUCUUUGUGGGUGUUUGGAGUUUCGGCGUGAGAGCGCCCUCUGGCUGUCAGAGGAGAAAUACCAAUACAAACCAUUUGAGUUUAAAACUAAUCUAUAUGAGUGCUGUAUACUUACUCCAUUUAAGUUGAAGUAAUGAGGUUUUUAGUUAACUCAUUACCUUCAACACAGAGUUCAAAACUCUUUUCAAAUGAGUAGAGUUAACUUUCAGUCAAUUUUGAGUUAACUACACUCAUUUCAUUUGAUAAAGUUGACUGUUGGGUUUUACAGUGUAUGUGAAACUGGAGGUCAUUGUUGAACAAUUUCCUCUUCCUCAUCAGUCGUGUACACUAAGUAAAACAUCAACCUACUCAUCUAUUUAUCAAAGAUAUUUGUUUUUUGAUAAAAAUGUGCAUUUGUUUGUUCUCAAUGAGAGCAGAGUUCAUAUUCUGAGCAAAAUAUCCGAAGGUUAAACACUAAAAAAACGCAACAGUCUUUGCUCAUAAUUAUUAAUCAAGGCUGCCAAUAUUAGUGGAGGACACUGUAUGAAUAAGUGACAUCACUACUGCCCUCACAGGUCGUACGUCUUAUUUUAUAUAUGUAUUUUUUUAUUUAGCAUUCAGUUUGUGUUUGUCAGUGUUCAAUGAAGUAUUCCUUUAUCUUAAAUGAUCAUAUUAUCUAACACAUAAAGUUGAAGUCAGAAUUAUUAGCUCUCCUGAAUUAUUAUCCCCCCUGUAUAUUUUUUCCCCUUAAUUUCUGUUUAACGGAAACAUUAUUUAUUAUAUUUUCUACACAUUUCUAAACAUAAUAGUUUUAAUGACUAACAACUGAUUUCUUUUAUCCUUGCCAUGACGACAGUACUUGAUAUUUUAUUGGUAAAAUUGGUAAUUGGUAAAAAGUGUUGCUUAAGGGGGCUAAUAAUAUUGACCUUAAAAUGGUGUUUAAAAAAUUAAAAACUGCUUUUAUUUUAGACAAAAUAAAAGAAAUAAGGCAUUCUCCAGAUGAAAAAAUAUGGAAAUACUGUAAAAGAUUCAUGGCUCUGUUAAACAUCAUUUAGGAAAUACUUGAAAAAGACAAAAAAAGGAGGGCUAAUAAUUCUGACUUUAACUGUAUAUAACGCACAUGUCCCCAAACGUCCUCUUAUCUUUAUGAAAUCAGCUCAAUUUACAGGAUUGUUUUUGGACUCAGAGCACAACAAACCUCAUCAUACAACUCAAUAAAGACAGCUCUUUUUCUUCUCAGGGGACGUAAUGCUAGUGGACCACACUGUGCUGUAGUCUGUGCCACUCAGAUAAAGAAGAGACCAGUGAAUCUCAGGUGUUCAGAAGUGCACUAAUGUUGAUUUUUUUCCAUCAGUUGUGGCAGCAGGGGAAUCCAACAGUCAAUUGUAAGCAAGAAAUAAUAAUAAUUAAUUGUGUAUGUAGCCUUUUUCUAAUUUUGUGUGGUUAUAUAUUGAUUUUGUGCUAACAUUUUGCAUGGGACCAAAUGAUAUUCUUUUAGUAAAAAAAACAAAAGGUUGUUGAUAA